CUUGCCGUUCCGCUCUCAGACUCUGGUUAUUGAUUUGAACUCGUCAAAACUCUGUCGGAUAUCACGCAAAGGAUCUCGAUCGGGUCCUUUACAGCUCGGGAAGCUGCAGGUGCUGAGAAGACACCAAAAAGAGUCGUGCCAAACUACGCCAUCUGAGGAGUAAUGUCACACAGCGUGCCACAACCAUCGUUCGAGACCCUGUUUGAAAGUUCGACUCAGCAAACACCAAACAGCGGCCACCAUAUACACUUUCUAAUUCUCCCAGGGCUAAGAUUUGUGAAUCAACGGCCGACCAGAGCAGAGAAAGAGCAAUGGGUCAAGGCACUGUCUCUUGAUCAAGCCCGCAUCAGUAAAGUCGAGUUAUUCAACUACAGUCUGGCCAAGACAUCGCCACUGAGCAGCGCUUCUGUCGGAGAGUGGUCUCAACGCCUGCUGACUGGAUUGGACACAAAGAAGAAACAGCAGAGUGCAGGCCCACAUGCCAAGCUGGUGAUAUGCUGUCAAGGAGUGGGCGGCGGCAUCAUACUAGACCAUGCUCUACUUUCUGCGAAUUCUAGUACGCUCCACUCGGAAACCCCACGCAUGAUCUCGGGUGUUCUAUACAUCUGCUGUCCAAGCUACGGCGAUGAUGUCAAUCAUGAACGGCUUGCGAAUUGCUUGACGGAAUCGUUCUCGACGGAGCUGGGCUUGCGUAAGCAGGCUCCAUCUUUGGAAUCCACUUUGACUCCUGACGUGAAGCGUAUUCUAAAGAAUUUGAAGAGUCGAUCAAAGCUCACGCCGACUUUCGACUGUCAUUCUACUUAUGUAGAGCAGUUGACGAAAAUUAAGUCUCGACAUUGGUUUGGAUUGCGAAAGACGCAAAAGUCACUUAUUAUGGGGAAAGCUCAUGUGGAAAGGGGACCCGGAAGUGAGCUGCACAGCUUGCCUGGCGACUACGCCAGCAUUGCGGAUUUCCCGCUUGGCCAGCAAAAGGAUUUGGAGUUGAAGCUCUCGCGAAUUUGUUUGUCGAUAGUUGACAAGGCCAUAUCUGUUCCUUCUGAACCACAACAAGAUGUAGUCCUCCCAAUUCGGUCGACAAAGAUCCCAACCAGAAAGAGCACAACACCGCAGCACUGUCACAUCAUACAACAAUACGAACACAAUCCUCGAUUCACUGGAAGAAAGAAAAAGCUCGAAGAGAUCGGGCUUUGCCUAGAUCCGAGUUCUGCAACGGGAAAGCGACGAGAACUCGCUCUGUACGGCAUUGGUGGCGCGGGCAAGACCCAAACCGCGCUUGAGUAUGUUUUGUCGCGCCGCGAUAUUUUUCAGGUCAUUCUUUGGGCACAAGCAGACACGCGUGUGAAGCUCAAUGCCAGCUUUGCAGAUUUUGCGGAAGGACUAGGUAUAGUGAGAUCGAAGACCAAGGUUGGAUAUCAAGCUGUUCGAGAACAAGUGAAAGCUCACUUGAAAUCGCUGGAAUGUCCCUGGAUCAUGAUAUUCGACAACGCUGAUGGAGAGAAAUUGUACAACUCACGAGCCCAGAUGUCUGAAGAUUCGGAAGACAGCUCGAUACUAGACGACUAUUGGCCUCGUGGUGAUCACGGCUCCAUUUUGGUGACGGCGCGCUCUAGAGCCUCGCUGGCGUCAUUCACUGGAAGUUUCUGCGAAAUAGGCCGCCUUGACGAAGCCGAUUCUGUGGAAUUAUUGCUCAAGUUCGCUGGAGUCGCGGGAACGGAUGAAGACCGCGGCCGAGCAAAGUUUGUUUGUGAUCGUCUCGGAUGCCUAGCACUGGGCAUAGCAUCAGCGGGCGAACUGCUUGUAGCAGAAUCUCAUUCCCUAGCGGAUCUUACUCGAGUUACCAACGAAGAGCUUUUCGAAAAUUCAGGCAACCUCGCUGAGCUUGCCAAUUUUCGUGUGUACCGGAACAGUCUGAGGAUCGUCUGGAAAAUCCAUUAUGACAAGCUCGAAGCAUUGUCGAAGGAUUCAAUGACGCUCUUGCAAAUACUUGCGUUUCUCGAUCCGGACAAGAUUCAGGAAGAUCUGAUCACAGCAGCUGCCGCCAAGAGUACGGAUACGCGACUUCACUGGCUUCGUAGCGAGCAAGCCUUUCGUAGAGAGCGGACCAAUCUCAGCAACAGCACUUUAGUGAUGCGACUGGUUAAUUCCAAACAAAUGCAAAUGCAUCGACUACCACAAUCCUAUGUACAUGUUCGGAUGAGCCCACAGGACAGCCAAGCAGCAUUCGAUAUGGCUUGCGAAAUUCUGCAGUGCGUCUGGCCGUUCCAGAACUACGAAAAACGCCAUGACUCUAGUCUUUGGGACGCCCAAGAGAAGGGCGUCGAUCACAUCGCUCACCUAGCAGAGCGUUAUCGCCUCAGCACUUUCGAUGAGAAGAGUACACCCCUGAGGAGUGGUCCGGAAUUUGCAAGACUCGUCAUCAGUGCUGCAUGGUACUGCUAUGAGCGCGGACUGUUCAAGACAGCCGAGAAAUUGCUUGAGAACGCUCUCCGCUUCUGCAAAAGAUACCCAGAAGGCUCUGAGCUGAAUCUUGCCGAUUUAUACUACACUCGAGCUUCGAUAGACACUGAGUCGAACCAGGCAAUCCGCGCGUUGGAAAAUUUCCGGAAAGAGAAUGAGUAUUUAGAAAAAGCCAAGGCUGCAGGUCUCAUCUCCAGUCCAAGUUUCCGGGAGAUACUAAGCAUUGGGGGUCUUGCUAACGGAUACAUGGGCGCUAACAACCCAGAAAAAGCAGAGCCUCAUUACAAACGGUGUCUGGCCGAAGCUGCGAAAUUUCCGAAUGCGGAACGAGGAAUUUACGAAAACCAUCUAGCCACUUGCCUGGACAUUCAAGAAAGAUACUCCGAGGCGGAAGCAGUACUCGUUGAAGUCAUCAGUGCGCGAGCGAGCCACCACGGGCCGCUAGAUACAACAUCCUUUCGAACCGGUAUUCUCUAUCAAACACUUGGCAACAACAAGGCGCGACAAGCUCUGUGGGAUGAAGCGAUGAAGGCGCAGCUAGCAUCAAAAGAAAUGCUGUCCGCAACCAUCGGGACCGAUCAUCACCGAUAUGCGGAUACCCUGUACAAGAUCGGAUGGCUUCAUUGGAGGCGCGGCAUAGCUAGAGGCACAGCUGGUACUAAUGAGGGCGAUAUUACAGCUAAGCAAGAAUAUGAAGAUGCAAGAGAAACACUCGAACAAGCUGUUGGAGUGUAUCAACAGGAUGAAGCGUAUAAUAUUGAGCUGUCUCGUACCAAGUUCAAACUACACCAAGUCUUUGCAAGGCUUGAUAUGUUCUCAGAAAGUCAAGAGGCAUUGAAAGAUGCAGAACGUUUGAGGAAAAAGAGCAUGGGGGAAGGCUGGACCGCUGCGCAGAAGGAAGCCGACUACGACAGUGUCGUCAUGUGCUGGUCGAGAUGAAAGAAUCCCGGCGAUUUAGUUUAUUCCAACAUAUCGAUCGAGUUUGAGAUCGCUUGUCGUGUCUAUUCGCUUGUGCCACAUCGAAUUGAUUUCACGGCGGACGUCACGACGGACAUGACAUUGAGCGAUAACUUCCCUGCCCAUCAAAAGUCGUAAGUCCAACU